AUGGCGUCUCACAUAGGCCGGAUCGCCAGGUUGACUCUUUUCUCCGGCCCAAAUUGUUCCCUUUGCGACGUAGCGAAGGCGGAGCUCGCCAAGGUCAGACAACAGCGCCCGUUCGAGCUCGAGACGAUCAAUAUCCAGGACAAAGGGCAGGAGCGCUGGAAGCGCAAAUACGUAUACUGGAUUCCCGCAUUGCACCUCGACGGCAAGGAAGUCGCGAAAGGUCGCUGGGACGCACAGACCGUUAUCCAAGCGCUCGAUGCGUGGAAGCAGUCCCAAUGCGGGGAAGAAGACACGAAGAACGGCUGA